AUGACAAGACCCCAGUGCGAGAGUUCUACAGCUGCUGCCUUUGUCAAUGAAGUCGGUGAGUUCGAAGUUUCAGUAGUCGCUUCGAUUCCCGAGAUUCCGUUCGCCCACGAAGCAGGAAUAUGGUUACCGGCUACUCGCGAAGUUGUGUUCACUUCGAACCAGUUUUUCCCUGCCUGCAUGCGUGGUAAAACAAAAGUUACAGUCUCUAUUCUCAGUUUAGACGACAAUACGCUGCGGACAAUUCUACCCAGCCCACCUAUCGAGGCUGCUAACGGAGGAACUAACUACAAGGGGAAGGCAUUGAUUUGCCAGCAAGGCCAGGGUGAAAUUGCUUCUGGACUAGUUUUGUUGGAUACCAGUGAGCCCUACAAAACGCAGGUCCUGCUGGACUCGUUCCAUGGCCGUCCGUUUAACUCGCCUAAUGACGUUGUGAUUUUGGGCUUGGACGAUUCGAUUUGGUUCACCGACCCGAACUACGGCAAAGAACAAUGCCUCAAAUCUGAGUGCUUGCUGCCCAAUCAGGUCUACUGCUACGAUCCUAAGAAGCAGACCGUCCGUGUCGUUGCCGACGGCUUUGAAAAACCCAACGGAAUCGCCUUUUCGAACGACUACAAGGUCUGCUAUAUCACAGAUACGGGGGCUUUCAGAUUCGAUGGGAAAACUCUAAAGGUAGACAGCACGGGUGCUUCUACUAUCUACAGCUACGAUGUUAUUCCGUUGCCAUCUGGAAAACAGGCCGGAUACACCCUGGUCAACCGGCGAGUGUUUGCAUAUUCAGCUACGCCAGCUCCGGACGGCAUAAAGAUCGAUUCAAACGGAAACGUGUGGAGCGGGUGCUCAGAUGGAAUCCACGUUUGGAAUCGAGACGGUGUGUUUCUCGGCAAGAUUCCUAUCGAGGGGGGAGUGGCUAAUUUUGUUUUCACAGACCCAGGAACCCUCAUUGCCUUUAAUGAAACUCGGCUGCUGAAAAUAACCAAUCUCAAGGUACGCGGUGUUCUAGACACCAGCCUUUGA